GCUAAGUCCCGCACCACUUCCGUGCCCACGGGGCUCCGAGACGCCGCAUUGAAUCCUCCUUUUCGCCGGACGAGCUGUUGAGAAAAGGAGAGGUCCACGGGUCGCCUGUGCGCAAAUGGGAAUUCGCCCAUUGCUGUCGUCCGCUGCAUCAGCGACUUGUCGUGUGAUCCAUGCCAUCAGGAACUCUUUAGAUCUGAAUCAGUCGAAAGCUCGAACCACAAGACCAGCGGUAUAAGAGUUCCUGAGUUUCGGAUCCGAGCUGCUCUACACCCGUCAAGCCGCAUCAUCAUCGAUCCAGGACUUUUAUCACAUUCCUUGUCCCCUCCUUCUCAUUGUCGUCCACAUCAGUUACUUUUCACUCAAAGUCGAAAAUCAAGACUCAGGGCUCUUCUUCAGCCCAUCCUCUCAGCUGUGCCUGCCCCAGAGGCGACUCCAUCACUCGCCACAUGCAGCGCACUCACACCAUGGCCGAACCCGGCAGCGGCGACGGCGACCCCUGGUGGAAAGACGCCGUCGUGUACCAAAUCUACCCGGCCAGCUUCCGCGACUCCAACGGCGACGGACUGGGCGACAUCGCGGGCAUCACGUCGCGGCUGGACCACAUCCGCGACCUCGGGGCCACGGCCAUCUGGCUGUCGCCCAUCUUCGCCAGCCCGCAAAAGGACAUGGGCUACGACGUGUCCGACUACCGCGACAUCCACGGGCCGUACGGCACGCUCGCCGACGCGGAGCGGCUCAUCGACGAGUGCCACGCACGCGGCCUGCGCGUGCUGCUCGACCUCGUCGUCAACCACACGAGCGACCAGCACGCCUGGUUCCGCGACUCGCGCGCCUCGCGCUCCAGCCCCAGGCGCGACUGGUACUUUUGGCGCGACGCCCGGACGGGACCCGACGGCGAGCGGCGGCCGCCCAACAACUGGGCGUCCAUCUUCGGCGGCAGCGCGUGGACGUGGGACGAGGGCUCGCAGCAGUACUACCUCAGCCUGUUCCUCCCGUCGCAGCCGGACCUCAACUGGGCCAACGAGGAGAUGCGGGAGGCGGCGUACGCCGACAUGGAGUUUUGGUUCGACCGCGGGGCCGACGGGUUCCGCAUCGACUCCAUGAACCUCAUGUCCAAGCACCCGGACCUGCCGGACGCGGCCGUGACGGACCCCGACGCCGAGUUCCAGUCCGGGGCCGCGUGGUUCGCCAGCGGGCCGCGCAUGCACGAGUACCUGCGGGAGAUGCGCGCGCGCGUGCUCGACAAGUACGCCGCCAACGGGCGCGGCGGCGUCAUGACGGUCGGCGAGCUGGGCUUCACCAAGGACGAGGCCAGCGUGGCGUCGUACGUGGCCGCGGCCCGGCGCGAGCUCAACAUGGUCUUCACCGGCGACAUCGUCGACAUGGACUUUGGCGAGGCGCACAAGUAUGCCGGGGGAAGCCCCUUUCGGCUCGAGACGCUGCGCGGCAUCACCUCGCUCUGGCAGGGCGCCAUGCCGCGCUGCGACGGCUGGAACGCCGUCUACAUGGACAACCACGACUCCGGGAGGAGCCUGUCGCGCUACGCGAGCGACGACCCGCGGUUCCGCGCGCGUGCCGCCAAGAUGCUGGCCACGUACCUGACGACGCUGAGCGGGACGCUGUUCCUACUACAGGGGCAGGAGAUUGGCAUGGCCAACGCGCCGGCGUCGUGGGGCGCCGACGACUACAUUGACGUCGAGGCGAGCAACUACUACCAGAGCGUGCUGGCCCAGCGCCGCCGUGAGCGUCAUCGUGGUGGUGGUGGUGGUGUUGGUGGUGUCGGUGGUGUUGGUGGUAAGGGCAGCGGCCGUGAUGAUGAUGAUGAUGAUGACGAUGGCAGCGUGGACGACGUCGACAUGAGCGACGUGCUCGCGCAGAUGCGCCUCAAGGCCCGCGACAACGGCCGCCUUCCCAUGCAGUGGACAUCCGAGCGCCACGGCGGCUUCACCGACGCCGAGCGCCCGUGGAUGCGCGUCAACGACGACUACCCGGAGUGGAACGUCGCCGCCCAGGACGGCCGUCCCGACAGCGUGCUCGCGUACUGGCGCGAGGCCCUGGCCCUGCGGAAGCGCGAGCGCGACGUCUUCGUCCACGGGCGGUACGACAUGCUCCCCGUGGGCCGCAGCGGCGACGACAUCUUUGCCUACACCAUGACGAGCCGUCGUUGUCGCGAUGGCGAGAAGGACGGCGGCGGCGCCAGAAAGGUCGCGCUUGUGCUGCUCAACUUUUCCGACGGGGAGAGGGCUUUUUCUGGGCAGGAGGGAGAGUUUCUGGGCUGGAACAAGAUCUUGGGCUGCAAGGACACAAGGGGGCCGCUUGCGGGCGAGGGGGUGACGUUGAAGCCGUACGAGGGCAUCGUGUACGGCAACUGGGUGCCAUAAGAUGCGAAACGCCUCAUGAUCGGUGACGUACUUGGUAUCUUGUGGAAAGUAGCGUGGGCCACGAUAAACGACGGCACUUGUGUAUAUAAAUGUGUCAAGUGUGUACAUAUAUAGUAUCUGAUGAAACCAGACUCGAACUGGAGACUGAGGGCAAGCUGCAAGGCAAAUAACUCGCUUCAACUUGCAAGCCUCCUGCAUACAAGCC